AUGAAGGUUGGAUGUGACUUGAGAAAUGGUCUCAACAGGCGGCUAUCUUCAUGGAAGAAUUCCGAAGACCCUUCACCUGGAGAACUAACUUAUGGGAUAGUACAUCCUCCAUAUCCUGAGGCACUGAAAAAUAAAUCUGUAAUCUCAAGGCUUGUUGUGAACCAAACCACCUCUGCACUAGAGCGCCCUGUUUGGAUUGAAUCUGAUCAGAUUUGGAAGCCAUAUUUCUCAUGGCCACAAGAUUAUUGUGACGAUUAUGAUCUAUGUGGUGCCAAUGGAAUUUGUGACCUCGGUGCCCCCCCUGUUUGCCAAUGUCUGCAAGGAUUCAAGCCAAAAUCACCAGAAAAAUGGAAAUCAAUGGACUGGUCACAGGGAUGCAUACGCAACGAGCCACUGAAUUGCCACAGUACCGAAGGCUUUCUUAAAUUUGUUGGCUUGAAAGUGCCAGAUACUGCUAAUUGUUGGGUGAACCAAAGUAUGAAUCUUAAUGAAUGCAGGGACAAGUGCUUAAAGAAUUGCUCUUGCAUGGCUUAUACAAACUUGGAUAUCAGAGAAAAUGGUAGUGGUUGUGCAAUUUGGAUUGGUGAUCUGAUUGAUAUCAGACAAUUCGCCACUGGCGGAGACAAUUUGUACAUAAGAAUGCCGGCUUCAAGCUUAGAAGGGACAAACAAUGGGACUACAGGGAAAUCGGAUCCUGGAGAAGCAAAAGAUGGUACAAAAUGGAUCAUACCCGUUUCUAUUGUAGCCACCAUUGGAGGAAUUGCUGGGAUACUUCUUGUCAGCUAUCACAUUUGGAAAGGCAAGACAAAAGCUGAAAAUGGUCAUAGCGAAGAGAGCCCAAAUGAUAACGGCUUGGAUUUACCAUCAUUUAACUUGGCUACAAUAUCUAUUGCUACUAAUAACUUUUCAACAAACAAUAAGCUUGGACAAGAAGAGAGGGCAACUGAAUUGAUCGAUACAUUAGUCGAGUACUCGUGCAUUUAUCCUGAGAUAUUCAGAUCCAUCCAUGUGGGACUCUUGUGUGUGCAACAACAACCAGAGGAUCGACCGAACAUGUUAUCGGUGGUUCUAAUGUUGAGCGGCGAGAGCGUAUUGCCUCAGCCGAAGCAACCAGGUUUCUUGAUAGAAGUACAAAAUGAAGCUCAUCCCUCAUCAAGCAACAAUGAAUGUUGUUCAGCCAAUGAGAUGACUGUUACGUUGUUGGAGGCUCGUUAG